CCCCUCCUCUCCAAGGAAACCCCUGCUCUGGCACUUGCAGCAGCCGGCGUAGUUCAGCAUGUACGCCCCUCCCUCCAGACACGUGCUGCCCUGCAAGAAAACACCACAGAGCAUCUUACAAUCUAGAGCUGUAUCCACCAUUACUAGCUAAAUUGUGUGACAGAGAGAGUUAGAAGAUACAGAAUGACGCACUCUGUCGGGCAUUUUCUCCUUGAGACAGUCAGUACACAUCUUUUUCCGCUAUAAGCUUACCGUUCUGCUCUAUUUAGUGCGCACCAUAACAAGGUGCGCAUUCAUUGGAGAAAGAAACUUGGAGAAGGGGGGCAUGUCUGAGGAGACCUCGUCCACUGUGGGGGAUCCGCAGGGCAAGAACUUCAGGAGAGCCUACUACGAGAGUCUGCUGUUCCGAGGAGAAGAGGAGGAGAAAAACGUCGGGUGUCUGGAGAGCCUGCUGAAAGCAGCAUGCAUCGACGUGGAGAGUCUGAAACAGUUCUGCCAGAAGAAUACUUUGCCUCCUUACCACCGUCUCCAAGUGUGGAACAUUAUACUUGGGGUCUCCCAUAUUGAAGGUGUGGUUCCUCCAUAUAAUGACGAGGAGACUUGCACACACGACCUGGAGCAGUCCAGAGAAGCGGCGACUGAGUCCAGAGCAGACUGUUUUUCUGGAGCUGUGCGACCACGACAGAGAGGCUUUCUGGCUGUUUGCCCGCUUCAGGAAAUGAUGGACAGUGUUGACAGGUGUUUACUGAGAAAGACCUGCUUCCAUUAUGUGGGGAGAGAGGACUCUGCUCUUUGUACCCACCUCUCUGGUCUCUCUGAUGGAAUCCCAUUCUCUCUUUGGUUCAACCAGUGUUUUGCGUCCACUCUGCCUGAGACCUGUCUGGAGGGAGUGUGGGACAGACUCAUUGGAGGCUGCGUCAUGAUCCUUGUGUUCCUGGCCGUGGCCAUCCUCCUCACCUUCAAGAGAAGGCUCCUCGGAGCUAAAUCAUCGUCUGUUGUUGCUGAUGUACUCACUCAGAUCCCGGAGGAGAACUGUGUCCUGAUAGUGAUGAAGGCAGUGGAGCUGUGGGAGGCGAGUGGGUGUCCUCUUCUCCCCUCUCCCUCCCCCCACCUCCCCCGUCACGGACACAGCAACGACUGACUGACUAGUGGCCCUCUCUUUAGCAGGCUCCUGGCUUGCUGGCUGGUUGCGUGUCUUAUUCAGGACAGUGUGUGUUCAUAUUUUACUCCCGUUUUAUAAAACAAACAAACUGUGUGUUCGAUAUAC